AUGAAUGACGAAACAGGAGAAUUAUUUUUGAGCAAUCUGCUACCAAUACUUUCUCAGAAAAACAUCUGUGCUGCCUUCGCUGAGAAAAUUCCUAUAAAUGCCUUUUUCAGUGACUUCUUAAAUUUGCAAGAAAAAUGGAACAGAAUAUUUGCAGAUGUUACAAAAAGUAAAGCCAACGCCAUUGUUGUCUAUGGAGAAACUUUGACCAUGAUAACACUGAGAGGUCUGCUGCAUGAAGGAGAAUCUGAGUAUGGGAAAUCAUUUGGUAAAGUGUGGAUUAUGGUAGCCCAGAUGGACCUUGUAGCCGUGUCCAUGCACAAGGACUGGGAUAUAGAAGCCUUCCAUGGUGCCUUGGCCUUCACAGCCCACUCACACAAGGUGCCAGGGUUCCAAAAUUUUCUUCACAAAUUAAACCCUCAUUUGAUGAAGGGAGAUGGCUUCAUCCGACCAUUCUGGGAGCAAGCAUUCGGCUGUUCAUUUCUAAAUUCUCAUUUUAAUGGAGAUGAUGUGGACGCUUGUACUGGAGAAGAGAGGCUGCAGAAUCUUCCAGGGCCUUUUUUUGAAAUGAGCAUGACUGGCCACAGCUACAGUAUCUACAAUGCUGUACAGGCUCUGGCAAAUUCGCUUCAUCCUAUUCUGAGGAGCAUCUCAUUCAACAACACUGCAGGAGAAACCGUUCACUUCAGUGAGAAUGGAGAAUUGACAAUGGGGGUUGAUAUUACAAAUCUGAUUACUUUUCCCAAUAAGUCAUUUGUUAGAAUGAAAGUUGGAAGAAUGGAUCCUUGGGCUCAUCAUGGCAAACAGUUGAGCAUUUAUGAAGACUCCAUUGUGUGGCCUAGAAGUUUCAACCAGGUGAUGCCCCUUUCACUCUGUAAUGACAACUGCCAACCUGGUUACCAGAAGAAGAAAAAGGAGGGAGAGCCAUUUUGCUGCUACGAUUGUGCUCCAUGUCCAAAAGGGAAGAUGUCUCAUGAGAAAGAUGCAGAGUUUUGCACAAUGUGCCCGAAAGAUCAUUAUCCAAACAAGGAAAAGAAUCACUGCAUUCCAAAGCUAAUAACCUUCUUGUCUUAUAAGGACCCUUUGGGGACGAGUUUAGCUAUUUUUACACUUUUAUUUUCCUUGAUCACUGCUCUAGUGCUAGGAGCCUUUAUAAGGCACCGCGACACUCCCAUUGUCAAAGCCAACAACCGGAGCCUCACCUACACUCUCCUCAUCUCCCUCCUGCUCUGCUUCCCUUGUGCUUUGCUGUUUAUUGGCCAUCCUGUCAAGGUGACGUGUCUCCUCCGUCAAGUUGCAUUUGGCAUGGUCUUCUCGGUGGCUGUCUCUUCUGUGCUAGCAAAAACCAUUACGGUGGUUCUGGCUUUCAUGGCCACCAAGCCAGGAAGUUGCAUGAGGAAAUGGGUAGGGAGAAAGGUGACCAACUCCAUUGUUCUUCUCUGCUCUCUUGUUCAAGCAAUUAUUUGUACCGUAUGGCUGGCAAUUAAUCCUCCAUUUCCAGAUAUUGACAUGAACUCAGUGGCUGAAGAAAUUGUACUUGAAUGUAACGAGGGGUCUGUGAUUAUGUUCUAUUGUGUCCUGGGUUACAUGGGCUUCCUGGCUAUUGUGAGCUUCACUGUAGCUUUCCAGGCUAGAAAAUUACCUGACAGUUUCAACGAAGCCAAGCUAAUCACUUUCAGCAUGCUUGUGUUUUGCAGUGUUUGGUUAUCCUUUUUUCCUACCUACUUGAGCACCAAAGGGAAAUACAUGGUGGCUGUGGAGAUCUUCUCCAUCUUAGCCUCCAGUGCUGGGCUGCUGGGUUGCAUCUUCUUCCCUAAAUGUUACAUUAUUUUGCUGAGGCCAGACAAAAGUUCUUGCCUUAAUUCAGAAAGUCAUUGGGUUCAGGAUACCGUAAGAGCCUCCUGA